GGUGCCGUUACAAAACUGCGCCGCGGGCGAGAGGGGGGCGUCACAUAACGCGAAGGCGACGAGCUGCGCAGCCGAGCGGAGUGAGACGGCGAGCGAGCGAGCGGAACUGGGCGCAAACAGGGUGCAUCCAUGGCAUCGCUCAACCUGGGCAUCAGUUUAUCCCGGAAGAAGGGCGCCGCGCGGACCAGUCUCGUGGAGAGAAAGAACCUCAUCACGGUGUGCAGGUUCUCUGUGAAAACGCUUAUUGACCGUUCGUGUUUCGAAACCAUUGACGACUCGUCGCCCGAAUUCAUAAACUUUGUCUCCAUACUGGAACAGAUCCUGAGCCACCGCUUGAAAGGACAGGUCACCUGGUUUGGCUAUGAAAGUCCUCGCAGUUUCUGGGACUACAUCCGCACGGCCUGCAGCAAGGUUCCCCACAACUGCAUCAGCAGCAUCGAAAGCAUGGAGAAUGUCCGCACAUCCCGGGCCAAGGGUCGGGCAUGGAUCAGGGUAGCCCUCAUGGAGAAGCGCUUGUCAGAGUACAUCUCAGCAGCUUUGAAGGACUACAAAACCACGAGGCGAUUCUACGAAGAGGGGUCAAUCAUACUGGGGGAGGAGGCAAGCCUACUGACUGACAUGCUUAUUGGGCUCAAUGCCAUCGACUUCAGUUUCUGUCUGAAAGGGGAGGUGCUGGAUGGAAGCUGCCCCGCCGUCAUCGACUACACCCCAUACCUUAAAUUCACCCAGAGCUCUGACAGCAUCAAGAGCAUCAACAGCAUCAGCAGUGAUGAGGAGGAGAUGCGGACACUGGGCAGCAGUGGGAGUGAGAGCAGCACGCCAGAUAACUGUCGCUCUGCUAUCUUCAUGGACCAGAGCAGCUGGUUCAGCAAAUGCAAGCGGGUGGAGCAGAAGUACAGGAUGGCCCUGGAGCAGAAGGGCUACCUAGAGGAGCUGGUGCGGUUGAGGGAGGCCCAGCUGUCGGAGUCUGUGGCCCAGAACAAGGUGCUGCUGCAGCAGCUGGCUGAGACGGACCUGAGUCACCGGCUGGAGAAGGAGCAGCUGGAAUACAUCAUACUGGAGCUGCAGGAUCAGCUGACCGUGCUGAAGAACCACGACCGGCGGUCCAGGCAGGAGUUAACAGCCCAUCUGACCAAUCAGUGGCCUUCACCGGGCUCCCUGGACACCAAUGCCGUCGCCCUGGAUACGCUGCUGUGCAGGAAAAGCGCCAGCCAGUGGGAGGAGAAGAGUUUCCACAGCCUGGAGCAGCUCUCCACGGACAUGAACCUCUCGCAUUCAUCGCUGGACCCGACUCCUGACCAGGAGGCACAGGCCAGGCUGGAGCAGCCCCGGUGGCUCAGAGGAGGCAAGGAAGACACACCGUCCCUACGCGGCCUCUGUGGCUCCCUGACAUCCAUGGCGAGCUACAAGUCCCUGGCCAGCCUCAAGUCCAGCGAGUGUCUCGCGAGUCCCACCACGGAGAUAACGAGCCCAGGCUUCACACCCUCCUGAGCUCCCAUCGCACCAGGGGUUGCUGCCGCUCACCAACACUUCACUGGGAACACGCCGCUUCCGUUGGACCCCCAAGGAGCCGCUCGGCCCACUGCUUUGAACUUCUUGUCUUUUUUGUUUUUAACGCUGCUGAUGUUUGAGGGUGUUUUUCCAAUCUGCAGCGCCAGGUGCGGUGGCCUCGCCUCUCUGGCUGUUCUCACACCCUCUCUCCAUCGUUUCCUCCACGGUCCAGCGGUAGCGCAGGACCAAACGCAUCUACGUAGAUGUCGACCGUGACUCAUUUCGGAGAAGGAGCGAAACCUCGUCUCUGAAAGGAAGCAUCUCGCUCUUUGCUGAUUGUUUGUCAAGUGUUCAUCCAAUCAGCUGAAAGGCAAAUGAUUCUUCUGCGCUCCUUUUCCACGAUGGCAACAGGCGCAUAAGUGCAGGCCAAUCAAACGUAAUCUUUGGAAAGAUUCGACCUCUUCCGUCGAGGGGUCUCUGACAGUCAGCCCAGAAUACGAAUGUGAUUACAUGACUGUGUUGUCUCUCUCUCUCUCUCUCUCUCUCUCUCUCUCUCUCUC